AUGGCCACCGACAUUCCCCCAGAUGCCCCCCUCCACAUAUCCCUCUCCCUCCGCAUCCCCCAACCCCACAUCUACGCCCAGCUCCUCGACCAUCUCCGCUCUCACCCCCACCCCCUCGCCCCCCUGGCCCUCCGCGCCCUCGCCUGGGCCGCCGUCGCGCCCCGCCCCCUCGCCCUCAACGAACUCGCCUGCGGCCUCGCCGUCGACCCCGCCCACCCCGCCGUCCUCUCCAAUGCCUGGGCCGACGUCUCACAGAUCCUGCGCCUGGCAACGCGGCUCCUCGAGCAGCGCCACGGCGCCGUUCACCUCGCCCACGAAUCCCUCCGCGAUUUCCUACCCGCGUAUCUAGCCCGCCAUAGCAGUGGUAGUGAUGGUGGCGCCGGGGAGCCCGCGAUCGACCCCCACGAGGACCUAGCCUCUGCCUGCCUCACCUACCUAACCAUGCCCCCGUUCCGCACGCCCUGCGUCUCCCCCACCGAACUCCACAACCGCCUCCGCACCUACCCCUUUCUCUCCUACGCCUCCCAGCACUGGUUCCGCCACGCGCAGCGCGUCCGCGGCCGCUUCUGCGGCCCCUUCGAAGGCCUGAUCCGCCUCGCCCUGGUGCCCGGAUCCGAUGGGAGUAACUUCCCCACCAGCUGGAUGCAGGCAGCGCGGCCAUUAAUCGAGGAGCUCGGGGUGACGCACAUCGCGCAGCUGCCGGCGGACGAUAAUCGAUGGAUGCUGAACUUGUUGGCGAAGGAGGGAUCGAUGCGGGUGUUGAAUUACUUUUUGGCGGGGGGGAUGACGAGGGAGAUGAGGGAGGGAGUAGGGGGGUGGAGUCCGUUGAGGGUGGCGGCGCGGUAUGGGCGGGUGGAGGUGGUGGAGGAGUUGGUGGGUGCGGGGGCGUAUCGGGUGGAGGGGGAAAGGGAGGAGGCGUUGGGGCUUGCGUGUCAGAGUGGGUCAGUGGAGAUGCUGAGGUUGUUAUUGGCGGCGGGGGAUCUGAAUGGGGGUUCGGAGACGGCGCCUGGAGUAGUGACGGUGGAGGGGUGGGAUCGUGAGAUCACGAGGGAGUUGGUGGCCGCUGGUGGGAGGAUAUACCCGGUUGUUCAGUGA